CGACCACAGCUGUCAGCUCAGCCAAUCGCGUGUCGGGAAACAGAGCUCGAGGCUCAACAGCUUGUUGUUCGUGUAUCGCUUUGCAGCGCGAGCGCAGGGGAAGCAGCAGCCGCCAAUUGAUCCAGGAUCUAUCGAGCUGGACUCCCUCAAAUAACCGGAGAGAUGAAGGCAGCGGACGAGCCUGCCUACCUGACAGUGGGGACGGAUGUCAGCGCCAAGUACAGAGGAGCCUUCUGCGAGGCCAAGAUCAAGACUGUGAAGCGCAUGGUGAAGGUCAAGGUCAAUCUGAAGGGUGAAAGUACGUCCCAGGUGGUGCAGGACGACCAGGUUAAAGGACCACUGAGGGUGGGCUCCACUGUGGAGGUGAAGACCAACGAGGGUUUAUCGAGUGAGGCCGUCAUCAGUAAGCUGACAGACGCCAGCCUCUACACUGUGGUGUUUGAUGACGGAGACGAGAAGACUCUUCGUCGUACGUCCCUGUGUCUGAAGGGAGAGAGACACUUUGCUGAGAGUGAGACGUUGGACCAGCUGCCACUGACCAACCCGGAGCAUUUCGGCACUCCGGUCAUCGGCAAGAAGUCGAACCGUGGUGGACGGCGUUUGUCCCAGGCUGUGGCUGACGAGGAGAAUGAGUCUUCAUCCAGUGAGGAUGAGGAGGAGGACAGGAGGAGGCUGAAUGAUGAGCUGCAGGGGAAAGUGUGCAGCAUUGAGAGCGAGGAGGAAGCGAUCAGCUGGUACCUGGCUCUGGUGGUGUCUCCCAGCUGUAACGAUGAGCUACUGGUGAAGAAGGAUCAGUGUUUGGUUCGAGCCUUCCACGACUCCAAAUUCUACACGGUGGCGAGGAGACACGUCCACCCCGUCAGCUCCAUCAACACCCCCAAAUCUGAGUUCUCCAACAGGAAAGGUUUCGAAGCAGCCCAGGUCUUUCUGAAGAGCAGGGAGGUUCCAGAUGUGUGGAAGAUGGACAUGAGUCAGAUCCUGGACUCGUCCUCCAGUGACGAUGACGAGGACGAUGAAGAGAAGGAGAGCGACGAGGAAGAGGACGAAGACGAGAAGAAAAAGAAGAAACGCAUAAAGGAGGAGCCGGAGGAGGAGCUGGAUCCAGAGGAGAGAGACCACUUCCUGCAGCAGCUCUACAAGUUCAUGGAGGACCGAGGGACCCCCAUCAACAAGCCUCCAGUGUUGGGUUAUAAAGACCUUAACCUCUUCAAGCUCUUCAGACUGGUAUACCAGCUGGGAGGCUGCCACAAGAUUGAGUCUGGGACUGUGUGGAAGCAGGUCUACAUGGAUCUGGGGAUCCCUGUCCUCAACUCUGCUGCAUCCUACAACGUAAAGACGGCCUACAGGAAGUACCUGUACGGUUUUGAGGAGUACUGCCGCUCCGCCUGCAUCACCUUCAGGACCAUCCAUCACAACAACCCCCGCCCACCCACCGCUCCGGCCAAUCAGAAGCAGCCGGGGGUGGAGCCUAAAGAGUCCACCGCGUCACCGGUGAAGGCGGAGCCUGACAAUAACAAGAUGAAGGAGGUGGAGUCUGAGAGCGAGAGCGAGAAGGAGGAGGUGAAGGAGAGACAGUCGUCCCCGAGGGGGAGGAGGAGGUGUGUGGGGGGGCUGAAGGCAGAGAGAGAGUCUCCCCCCGGACCAGAGAAGAGAGGAGGAGGAGGGGGAGAUAACCUGGAGGAGCAGAGGGAGAUGAGGAGACGCAGCAACAGAAGAAUGGACGACUCUGAGAAAGGCUCUGAGGAAGAGGAGGACGACGAUGAAGAUGAUGAUGAGGAGGAGGAGGAGGAGGGGGAGGAGAUGGAGGUGGAGAGGAGUAGAGAAGACAGGAGCGAGGAUGAGGAGGACGAGGACUCUCUGACGGGGACGAAGGUCAGGGUGAAGUACGGCAGAGGAAAGACUCAGAAGAUCUACGAGGCUCACAUCAAGAAGACAGACGUGGACAACGGAGAGCAGUUCUACCUGGUCCACUACUACGGCUGGAACGUCAGGUACGAUGAGUGGGUGAAGGCGGACCGCAUCAUCUGGCCCGUGGAGAAAGGGACGAAGAAGAGACAGAGGAAGAAGGUGAAGAACAAAGACGAGUCGGAGAAAGAGAGGGACAAAGACGAAGAGAAGACGCCAUCGAUGGCAGGGAAGCCCACAGGAGCGAAGCGUGGUCGUCCUCAGAUCAGGACCACGCCCACCGGCCCGGUAGGACGCAGUGUCUCUAAGACGCCGAGCAGCGAGGGGCGGAGCAACGGCAAGAGGACGGAGACGGCGUCCAACAUGGCCAACGGAGACGACACUCCUCGCCGCAGGACCCGGAGAACGUCGGGCAUGUACGACUCUGACAGAGCGUCCAACGAGGAGUCUGGGAACUCAUCUGACGACAGCGAAUCAGAAGACCCGCCUGACAAAAAGCCGUCGCCAUGGCGAGGAAGGAGUGAAGCCCCGCCCUGCCAGCAGGAGGAGGAGGAGGAGGAGGAGGAGGAGGAGGUGACGGAGAUGGCGACUAGUGAGGUCACUGAUCUCAAAGUGACCACUAACAAUGACACUGUUGCCACGACAACAGCAGGUCAGCUGCCAGCUGCCACUGCGCCGCCAUGUCCCAGCAUGCCUCAGGAGAAGGCUGACAAACUCCUGAGCCAAUCAGAGAAGAAGGAGGCGGAGCAGGGGGAGGAGCCUGCAGUGGAAGCCUCGCUGCCCGUUCACCAGGAGGCGUCUCCUGGACAGGAAGUGCUCACCAAGGCGUCCCCCAGCAGGACGGAGGUGUCCUCCCCUCAGCCCCCCCCUGCAGAGGAGGAGGACAGCAGGUCCACUCCUCUGUCCUCCCCCAGGGUCAGAGGUCGCAGGGCCAUCCAGCCUGAAACUCCUCCCAGAAUCCCCCCCUGCACUCCCAGCCCCGCCCCUGCAGUUAGCCCCUCCCACAUGGGGGCGCUGUCGUCUCCUCCUCGCAGCGUCCUGAAGAGACAGGAGGAGCCCAUGGUGCUCCUCCCCCGCUGCCAGCCCACCCAGCGUCUCCCCCCUGAGCCUCUCACCGCCGACUCCGACACGGACUCGGCCACGGAGGAGGAGGGGGAGGAGGAGGAGAGGAGGAGGAGCUCGCCACUGAAGCGUAAGGCAGCAGAGCAGCGAGCUGCCGACAAGAAGCUCCGCCCCGACCGGAGGCAGGAGGAGGCGGCCUCCCCCAAAACCCCGCCUGCCCCGCCCAAGAUGGCCGCUGGAGCUUCACCCAGAACCCUCCCCUCACCCGUCCGCAGGGGGGAGUCAGAGAGGAGGAGCGAUGGAGUGAUCAAGGUGGAGGAGUGGCCCCACCCGGUGGAGGAGUGGCCCCACCCAGCGGAGGAGCCGCCGAGGGAGGAGUCAGAGGAGCCUCUGACGGGCGCAGCAGCAGCAAAGGAGCCAGAGGUGCAUACUGGGACUUCCGCCCCCCCCGAGGAGCUGGACCCCGCCCCCCCCGAGGAGCUGGAGCCGCAGAUCGGCCCCGAGGCGCUCGUCUGCCACGAGGUGGACCUGGACGACCCGGAUGAGAAGGAGAAGCCCUCCCCAGAGCACCUCCUCCUGAUGAUGAGGGAGCCGCAACGCCCCGCCCCCGCCCCGCUGCCCAACCUCCACCAUGCCUUCCUCCCCUCCUCCCACCUCCCCCAGACUCAGGUCAGGCCUUUCCCGCCGGCCUCCACACCGAGCCCCGCCCCUUGCCCCGAGGAGCUCCACCCAUCCAGGAGCACUGCCGAGGAGGAGAGAGGAGCGGCGAGUGGGGAGCAGGAGGGAGACUCCAGCCCCGGGUUUGAUGGCAGCGCCUCCUCCUCCACCUCCCUGCUGUCACUGCAGGAGAACAAAGAGAGAGGUCAGAAGAGGGUGAUGGACUGCAGCUCGAGUCCGACGGCCAAGAAGCAGAAACGCAACCAGAAGCGAGCGAACACACCUGGGAAGAACGGGACAGGUAACAGCAGUGACAGUGAGGACCAGAAGUCUCUCCCCCCCCCCCUCAGUAAACACAAACACAGUUUCUCUCCUCAAAGGAGCAAAUGGACGUUUCAGCUGGAUGAGUUGGACAGCAUGUCGAGCACCGAGAGGAUCUCCUUCCUGCAGGAGAAGCUGCAGGAGAUCAGGAAGUACUAUAUGACCCUGAAGUCGGAGGUGGCGUCCAUCGACCGCCGCAGGAAGCGACUAAAGAAGAAGGAGAGAGAAGUGUCGAACACGACGGCGUCCACCUCCUCGGGCUCCUCGGACACAGGUAUGAGUCCGUCCUCGGCCUCGCCCGCUCAGAACACCGUCGCCGUGGAGUGCAGGUGAUGACACGCCCACCAGGCCACGCCCACUCCCACAUCAUCGCCUCCCCCUUCUGCUAAGCCCCGCCCCUUCCAACCACAGACUCUGCCUACUCAGUCAGCUCUGAGGCCCCCCCCCCCCAGAGUCUGAGCUCCAACUGCAGUGGCUGAUGGGAGGGGAAACUACCACCUGACCUUAGCCCCACCCCCUCACCUAUGGACUUCCUGUUUGAGGAGAAUAAUCCGCCGCCUGUUCAGCCGCCACAGAGCUUCCUUAUUUCCUUCCUUCCUAAUUUCAGAAUAAUGUGAGCUUAUGUUUGGGGGUUCGGGGGUCAGAGGUCACUGAAGCUCGUUAUGCAAAUUAUUUCUUUCUUUUUCGUUAACUCGCUUUUUUUUUUUUUAAGAAAACAACAAAGAUAAAGUUUCCAGACUUCCUGCUGUGAACGUUUCUGGCCUUUUUAUAUGAAUCAGAGCUUUUAUUUUGGUAAAAACAAACAAAAACAAAACUUCCCAAAAACUUUGAUGUCACAGCGGGAGAGAAAAUUAAAUAUUUGUAGAAAUGAACUUUUUUGUUUUUGUGUAAAAUAAUUAAAAUGAAGCUUAUUUAUUCAGUUAGUGAACACAGAGUGUGUGUGUGCGUGUGUGUGUGUGUGUGUGCGCGUGUGUGUGUGUGUGUGCGCGCGCGCGCGUGUGUGUGUGUGCGCGCCUGUGUGUGUGUGCGUGCGCGUGCGGGAGAUCAUUACCGCCAGGAGGAAAAAGAAAUGACGGUUGAUGAAAAGUAAAAAUUAAAGGCGGGUCCAUUUUAUGAGACACUUUGGUUUGAAUUAUAUUUUAGAUCUUUGAAACAUUUUAAUUUUGACUCAGUAAAUAUUUUCCUUUUUUAAAAGUUGUUAAUCAGAAAUAUCUCAGUUUCAUAACUGAGGCCAUACUCAGUAAAUCAUUUUGACUCACUGCGUCAUUGUUAUUUUAUGUCAUAAUUAAAGAAUUAUAAAACUUUGUAUCAUAAUUGCGACUAAAAGUGAAUUUAAGUUUCAUUGUUUCAUAUUUCAGUUCUGACUGAAGAGAUUUUAGUUUUCAUAUUUGGACUCAUUGUGAGUUUAUUUUCUUCUCUGGCUGCUUUGAUCUUCCGUACGUCUGGAGGAUCUCUGCUGCACUACUUCCUGUUCCUCCCUGACUCUUCUUCUGUGGUUUGCUCUCAGUGUGCGGCUGCGGCGGACGGCUCCUUUCCACAUUUCUUUGUUUUGUACAUAAAAGUUCUGAGUAAAGAAAAGAAUAAAACACACCAUGUAUUUGAGACAUUUUACAUCCUGUAAAGAAUGAUUUAUAAUAUUUUUUAAGAGCAGACUGUUUGUACUGUUGUAUUAUGAUGAACUCCUCCGUUGGUUGUUUUCUAUCUGGUUGUUUUUCUAGCGACGGUUUGAGAGCGACGACUGUAAAUACAGAAACACUUCCUCCUGACAGCAGCGACAUGUUGGAACUGUGAGCUCUCUGUUUCUAAUAAAGUUUUUAAAUACGUC